AUGCCACCAACCACGCUUGCUACCCCUACCACGAUCUACAUCGACCCGUACACGACCGAGGUCGAGGUUGGACAAAUGCAAAACGGAACCUUUAGCGCCAUAACUACGACUUUGACAGUCGCUGUGGCCUCUAUCGUCACAAGCGUCAUUCCAGUGGCCAACUACAAUUACACGGGUGAAGAGAGUGAAGGUGCUCCGUUGUGGAUCAUUUCCAACAUUGACAUUCCACCAGCUCCCGUGGUCCUCACCAAACCCGAUGGCGCGAUUACAUUCAGUGGCGAGAAAGCCAACUCUUUCACCCCCGUUCCCUCUGUCCACACCGUCACGUUUACCAGUUCUUAA